CCGCCAACUCCCACUACGACGCGGCCGCCAACCCCCACUACGACGCGGCCGCCAACCCCCACUACGACGCGGCCGCCAACCCCCACUACGACGCGGCCGCCAACCAACACAACUACGUUGCCGCCGCAGGAGGUGGUGGUCCCGUGGGUACAGAAGCACUGGUAUGUCCUUAUUCUUGCCGUGGUGCUGCCGCUUAUUGCGGCUCUUGCACUGACAAUUAUCAUAUGCUGCUGUUGCUGCCGCGGUGUCGAUGAGUCCAAGUGGGUGACGCCCAUGGUCUUGCGGGAGCUGAGCGGCGAUGUGCGGUAUGCAGCGAACCAGAGGUGGGGAAGCGGGUUGGGCUCCUUUGAGGACCCAGUUUUCCCCAUGUGUCCUCCCCGUGAGCAGGGAAAUGCAGUCCAGCAGAAUUCUUGGAUGACACCCCCAGGACCCGCAGCGUACGCCACACAGUCGUUCGGGCUGCCCAGGCGCUCCAGUCGCGGACGCAGAGCACCAGGGACUUUUGCAAGUGUGGAGGUGCCGAGGGGCGACGAGAUCGCCGAAGGCUGCGACGAUGCCUCUCUUGGGAAUACGAGGGAAUUACGGCGCGAUAGGCCCUCCGGGUCUGGGGCAAAUUGGGAGAGUAUGGAGGCAGUGGAGUUAUAA